AUGGAUUCACAAUAAAUUGAUUGUCCACUCUCAGAAUUGAUGACAAAUGAAGAAAUAAGAGAAUGGGCAUUUUCAUUGGAUCCUCAACCUGAAAAAAAAAGCAAAUUAAAUUCAUCCAUGCCUUAAAUUAGCAGUUCAGCUACUAUUAAUAGAGCUUGUCAAAAACAAUAAGAAUUAAAGACUAAAUAAAUCCCUCGAAUCAUUCAACCAUAACCAAUACAAAUUGAAAAUUAAAAACAAAAAAAAGAAAUUAUACAUCGCCUAAAAUUAUAAAAUAGACUCAUGAAAGAAAUGAUCCAAUAGUAAAAAGAUUUAUUAGAGCAGAUGAAAAAGUCUUGA